CAACCAUUUCGUUCUUUACGGAAGUGACGGCAAGACGGCGAUGGCGGCUCGCAGUUUCAUUCCGGAUUUGCAGUGAACUACAAACAGAUUUUAUGCUGUCUAGCUCGACUUGAAGGACCGGGAAAACCCAUAGCCAUAUUGGACGUCGUAUGAAACCAUAACGAGUCGGCUCGACACCUAAAGACGCCCAGACCUAAAGUUGUAUCGUAUAUUUCAAAGGUUCAAGGUGGUCACCCUGUCAAGCUAGUGAUAGCUAGCGGGCUAAUAGCUAAUUGCUACACCGAUUUUGGGGCAAGCUUGUCUACGAGCAGCGGGGAAAGACUCUUGGAGACGCAGACGUCCUGUAGCGUGUACGUGGUAAAGCGUACACGUGGUAACUUACAAACUAUACCAUAGGUACAAUGUUUGUGCAUUAUCUUCGGUGAGAGUCGGGCCACAAGUGUGCAGAGCGAGGUACUCACACGUUUGCUUGGCCUCUUGUUUGAACUGCUAGUUCGGCUGCUGCGGAUAACCGGACGGACUUUGUAUCGCUGUUAAGCAAGUUCCUUGCAAUUUACCUCACAUCUUCGUGCAGCUUCCGAAACCGAUCAAGAAUAUACGUUUUCUUCUUCCUGCGGGGUCUUCAGUAGCGGAUCAACAUGCUCAAGACCCGACAGUGUUUACUCGGCAUCCGCACUUUCCUCAAUGUAACGUCAAGACUAUGGGGGUUCAUUUUGUACAUUCUCAGAAAAAACCUCCGAACGAUAAUCCAGUACCAGACAGUGCGUUAUGACACGCUGCCUCUCUCCCCCAUAUCCAGAAACAGACUCAAUACUGUGAAGAGGAAGAUUCUAGUUCUGGACCUGGAUGAAACGCUGAUCCACUCUCACCACGACGGCGUCCUCAGACCCACAGUCAGACCCGGGACGCCGCCAGAUUUCAUCUUGAAGGUUGUGAUUGAUAAACAUCCAGUCAGAUUUUUUGUACACAAAAGGCCACAUGUGGACUUCUUUCUAGAAGUGGUGAGCCAGUGGUACGAGCUAGUGGUGUUCACGGCCAGCAUGGAGAUCUACGGGUCGGCGGUGGCGGAUAAACUGGACAACAACAGGAACAUCCUCAAACGCAGAUACUAUCGACAGCACUGUACGUUGGACCUCGGGAGCUAUAUUAAAGACCUCUCCGUGGUCCACGCCGACCUGUCCAGUAUCGUCAUCCUGGACAACUCGCCCGGGGCCUACCGAAGCCAUCCAGACAAUGCAAUACCCAUCAAGUCCUGGUUCAGCGACCCUAGUGACACAGCACUUCUUAACCUGCUGCCUAUGCUGGACGCACUAAGGUUCACCGCUGACGUUCGCUCCGUCCUCAGUCGGAACCUCCAGCUGCAUGGACUCUGGUCAUAGGCCCCAGCCAGGAGGGCCUUUGGCUUGUUGAGGGGGCCCCCCCCCCCCACCACCCUCCUCUGCCGGCUCCCCCCGUCCCCCCUCACACCCCCACCCCCCCCACCCCACCCCCAUCCCCGUACUCGUCACUCGGGUCCCCGCCUGGCCGAGCCGCUCGGCCCCCCCCGCUCCCUUGAACAGCUCCUCUGGCGCUGUGGAGAACGGGGGGGCUGGGGGCGACGUGCCUGAGAAGGGAUGAACAGUUGGGGAACGAUGGAGCCCAAGGCUCCUCGGGGAACUGAUAGGGAGCCGGCUUUAGUUUUUUUUAUUAUUAUUUUUCUUGAUCCGUUUUUUUUUUUUUUUUUUUUUGCUUUUUGAAAACCAGAAUGGAGCCUCUAUGCCUUACCGCUCCUGACACUGACCUCGGCGUGCCCGGAGGUGCCAUUGUGCGCGCGCGGGUCGAGAGGGUGCUUGCCGCGUUUCCGUGUAGUCUUUUUAAAACUUUUAGUUUUGAUGACGAUGGGGAAGAGGAUUAUCAGUGUGGCAACCAAAAGGACAUCUAUCUCGUAUUGGCUCUUCUCCAUCACUCUGAACAUUGCACUUCAGUAGACUGCAAACCACCCCAUCAGUUUACCCCGACCUGACAAAGGUUUUAGAUCAAUCGCCCGAGACCGAGCGGUGAUUAGUGCUAUCUGACAGAUAUUUCUGAGGUACUUCUCUCUAUAUUUUUUUUUCACCAGGACGGAUAAAUGUAUGUGAUGUGAUGAAGUUUUGCUUGCUACCUACCAUCCAUAGAAGUCGUUCUGGAAAAACAUCUCAGCAGACUGAUAUUCUUCCCUUUUUUUCGUUCAUUUUUUCCUUUACCACAUUCAUCACUUUCUCAAACUCUAAGUGAAUCGGUGAUAUUGACUGGACUUAAAAAAAAAAAAAAAGAAGUCUCUGGUAAUGAGAUGACUGCUGUCACUUUUUCAAUUUCUGCUGUUUCCUCUUCUGCUAUUAUGCUAUAUUAGGACUUGGAUACCAUGAUAUUUUGCGCCUGUCCCUUUUACCAUGUGAUACCAUCCUAAUUUCAUUUAAUGACUUGCACUUAAUUCUUGUUUUUGUUGCAGUUGGUUUUGUAUCCGAUUCAUAUUUUCAGCCUGCCCCUUUUUAAAUUGACCUGCUCCCCAUACUGUAUGGGUUCAACCGUCUUACCUGCCAUCUUUUAAAUGCCUUCUCAACAAUCUCAGUCUUGUCAAAGCAUAAAAUGGCUUCUUAUCGGCUGUCUCCAAGUCUGUGUUACUAAUAAAACACUUGUCAGUAUCAAUCAACUCUA